AGUUCCCUGUGUGACAGCCUGGCGCCGCUCUUAUAUCCACUCUCCUGUCAGUGACUCUUUGCCGGCCGGUAGCUUGUGCUACUCAGCCGGGGCCUGUGCUCAGGCCUCCCCGCCCACCUUCUCCAGUUAGCUCCGCUGUCUAGCUAGCCAUGGCUACCAAAAAGGCUGGUUCCCGCCUGGAGACGGAGAUCGAACGCUGCCGCUCAGAAUGCCAAUGGGAUCGUAUCCACGAAUUAGUCAAGCAGCUCUCCGCCAAGCUCAUCUCUAACGAUGACAUGGCUGAACUGCUUCUGGGAGAAGCCAAACUUGAACAGUAUCUUAAGGAUAACCCCAUCAAACAAGGAACAAGUCCUCGAGGACCCCGGCCAAAGCUGACAGAUGUCCGCAAGCACCUCACAGCUGCAUUAGACAGAGGCAAUCUUAAGCCAGAUUUAAUGCAAGAAGUCAACCUGCUAAUGGCAAAGCUGAAUUAUGUAGAAGGUGACUACAGGGAAGCCCUAAGUGUUUAUGCCAGGGUUGGCCUGGAUGACCUGCAGCUUGUGGCCUCUCCUGCUUACAAGCUUAGGAUGAUUGCUGAAGCCUUCUCAACUAAAGGUCUUUGUUUGGAGAAACUGCCAACCUCUUCUUCCACUAAUAGUCUCCAUUUGGACCGUGACCAGGAAAUUAUCACCUGCUAUGAGAAAGCAGGAGAUAUUGCACUUCUGUACCUUCAAGAGAUAGAGAGGGUGCAAACAGCUAAUCUCCAAAACAGGAGUCCAAAGCCAGGCCCUGUGGCCCCAGACCAAGAACUGAGUUUCUUCUUGGAGACUGGCCUCCAGCGAGCACAUGUCCUGUACUUCAAGAAUGGAAACCUAACGCGAGGUGUGGGGAGAUUCAGAGAGCUUUUAAGGGCUGUGGAGACCCGAACUACACAGAACCUGAGAAUGACAAUAGCCAGGCAGCUAGCUGAGAUAUUGCUCCGUGGCAUGUGUGAACAGAGUUACUGGAACCCACUAGAGGAACCACCAAACAAGUCCCCAUUGGAUGACCCUUUCCGACAUGAACUUAACACAAAAAGUUAUCCACUCAGUAGGAGACCCAAAGUAUACAUGGGAGAAAACAUUUUCUGCCCACAAGAAAACACAGAAGAGGCCCUUUUGCUCUUGCUCAUCAGUGAGUCCAUGGCUAACAGGGAUGCAGUGUUAAGUAGGAUCCCAGAGCACAAAAAUGAUCGGAUUAUUAGUCUUCAAAGUGCUUCAGUAGUGUAUGAUCUUCUCACCAUUGCCCUAGGGAGAAGGGGCCAGUUUGAAAUGCUUUCUGAGUGUUUGGAACGUGCCAUGAAAUUUGCAUUUGAGGAAUUUCAUCUUUGGUAUCAGUUUGCCCUCUCUUUAAUGGCUGCAGGGAAGUCUGCCCGUGCUGUAAAGGUUUUAAGAGAAUGUAUACGUCUAAAACCAGAGGAUGCCACCAUCCCUCUCCUGGCUGCCAAGCUUUGUAUGGGAUCCUUGCAUUGGAUGGAGGAAGCGGAGAGAUUUGCUAAGAUGGUUGUUGAUUGUGGAGAGAAGAGCCCAGAAUUUAAGGCCAAAGGAUACCUGGCCUUGGGACUCACAUACAGCCUGCAGGCCUCCGAUGCCUCAUUGCGGGGUGUGCAGGAAGACUUGCAGCGGAAAGCUCUACUUGCAUUCCACAGGGCACACAGCUUGUCUCCUACUGACCACUUGGCAGCUUUCUAUUUGGCACUACAACUAGCAAUAUCCAGACAGAUCCCAGAAGCUUUGGGUUAUGUCCGUCAAGCUCUCCAACUCCAGGGAGAUGACUCCAACUCCUUGCACCUGCUAGCACUCUUGCUUUCAGCUCAAAAACACUAUCAUGAUGCUCUGAACAUUAUUGACAUGGCACUCAGUGAAUAUCCAGAGAACUUUAUAUUAUUAUUUUCCAAAGUAAAAUUGGAGUCUUUAUGUCGGGGUCCUGAUGAAGCCCUCCUCACCUGCAAACACAUGCUGCAAAUCUGGAAAUCCUGUUACAACCUCACCAACCCCAGUGAUUCAGGCCGAGGGAGCAGUCUGUUAGACAGAGCCAUUGCCGACAGAAGACAGCUGAAUACAAUAACCUUACCGGAUUUCAGUGAUCCAGAAACAGGCUGUUCUUCAGAGGCUCCUCACACUCAUGGCUUUUACUCAAUGUUUUCUGUGCGUUCAGUCCAUGCAACUUCAAUAGCUGCUUCUCGUGUGGAGCAGGCUCUGUCUGAAGUUGCCUCAUCAUUGCAGAGCAGCGCCCCAAAGCAAGGUCCACUUCACCCAUGGAUGACGCUGGCACAGAUCUGGCUUCAUGCAGCUGAAGUGUACAUCGGAAUAGGAAAACCUACAGAGGCCACAGCUUGUGUCCAGGAAGCAGCUAAUCUUUUCCCCAUGUCCCACAAUGUGCUGUAUAUGAGAGGUCAAGUGGCAGAGUUACGAGGAAAUAUUGAUGAUGCCAAACGUUGGUAUGAAGAAGCCCUAUCUAUUAGCCCUACUCAUGUAAAGAGCAUGCAGAGACUGAGUUUGAUUCUUCACCACCUGGGACGGUACAGCUUGGCAGAGAAGAUCUUACGGGAUGCUGUGCAGGUGAACUCAACAGCCCAUGAGGUGUGGAACAGCCUGGGGGAGGUGCUGCAAGCUCAGGGCAAUGACGAUGCUGCCACAGAAUGCUUCCUGACUGCUCUGGAACUGGAGGCAAGCAGCCCGGUGGUACCCUUCACCAUAAUACCCAGAGUUCUGUGAGAGAGUUUAGCAGGGCUUUUAAACCCUGACUAAUGGUGCAUGUUUAGCAGUGGGACGGCACAGCCAAAUCAGUAGUGACCCAAGAAGUUUGCAAUUAAUCCACAGUCAGAGGAGAUUCAGCCUGCGCUUUGAUAUUCAUUCCUAAUGUUACGUGUUCACGUGGUAAGAACAAAGUAGCUGCGCAAUCUAGUGGUCUAGUGGUGCAGAAGAGGAAUGAUUGCAGCUCCUAGCCUUUGUGUUGUGCCCAUUGGGUUACAACAAAGUCUCAACUAAACUGUCAUGUAAUUGUUUCUAUAUGACCCAUGCUGUAUAGUGUGUCUGGCAAUGCUGCAUUCAGUGAGCUCCUGCAUGGUUAAGCCAUAUGAUUUUUAGCAGAGAUGAAUAGCAUAGAAUAACAUCACUUUCUAAAGGUUAAUAGAAUGGUUAAUUAGCUAGGAUAACUACUUUUAGAGAAGAUACAUUUAUAGUGUUGAGUUAAAGUAGUAUGGGAUAGUGCUCCAAAAUGACUUGGGACUAGAGGUGGCCUAAUAAAAGUGUCAAGGUUAUGUUAGAACGGAGUCUGUUUUUACAAGUUGACUAGAGGCCAAGCUUUACUUAGUGAGGAGGAGCAGUGCUAUAAUGCACCUGGGCCUUUCAUACUGCCUAAUACAGAUGUGCUGUUCAUUGCAACAUUAUCUUGCAGCCAUAUCUUUCCUAGUGCCAAAUUAUGGCAAAAACUGAAAUAAUACAGUGUCAUUGUCCACCAGUGGCAAUGUAUUUUCAUAUAUUAGCAAAUAUGCAAAUCAGACAUCAUCAGAUAAGUCUGAGAUCCUGAUUAGAUGGACUGUAUAAGCAAAAUUCUAAAGUGACCCUCAAUAACAUCCAUGGUGUAAAAAAUCUUUCUACCUUGACAAUUCUGGCCAUCACAGUGUUACUGUACACAUGACUGUAGUUCUCUUCAGCAAGGACAUAACAUAGCUAAAUAAAGAAAAUGCAAUGUAGAGUUACUGCAUGUCACUGGCAGUCUGUAUAACAACACAUUGCUAACAUCCCAGUUCCAGUUGCAAGGCCUACAUAUGCUGUUACGGACCUCUGCCUGUGCUCAGUACACCAUGCUGUUACUUCUGGCCAACAAAUGUGAAUAUGCUGUAUUUUUCUAUUUCCGCCGAACGUCUUGGUCCUGUCAGUAGCUGUCUAGUGGCAAAUAGUUGACAGGAAGAGACAAUUUUAUUUUGAAAAUGAUAUGCCUGUUACAAGAUCGUAAGCAAAUAUAUGUUGUAUUUAAGGUUUUUUUUAUGUGAAUUCAGAGUUUAUUUAUCAAGAUAUGUACAAAUGGGUUGAUGUUCUGACAUUCCUUGUGAUUAAAUUGAAUUUAAUGUACCUAUGCUGAUGUCAAUAAAAUGUUUUCUAAAUGA